AUGUCGUCCUCGACCCACUUUGAGCGUCCCGCUUCUGAGCAUGUUGGCUCUGCAGCCUCAAAGUGUUCUCGGCAACUGACAGAACAGGAGUUUGGGAUAAAGUCGAGCACUACCAGCACCACCAGAAUGACUCGCAAGGUGCACCAAACACUGCCCCUCAUGGUGGAAGGUGCGUGGUCAGGCGAGGUGGCCAUUUUCGAGUCCAAGCCGGUAGUCAGCGAUGCGACCUGCGAGAGACAACAUAACAAGUCCAUUCGUUUGAACACAGCGAUCUUCAAGAAUCUCGAAUCGCAUGGACUGGACAUUUGUCUUUGGUAUCCGAUAAUCACUGAGAUUAGGGCUGCCUCUGCGGAUUUCUACACUAUCAAAAAGUACGAGAACAUGUUGGGUGUAGGACGGAUGACCAUACGAAACUCGGCACCUCCUGCAUUGCGCGAGCGAGGCCACGGCGGUUGUCUCGGCAAAACCACCAUUUCCGUUUCCCGUGAUGCCGCCGCCGCCGCGGAUCCCCAUCAUGCAGUACAAUGA